AAAUUGUGGUUUGAAGUGUAGCUCUCAAUUCUAGUUGAAAAAACAAGCAAUCUUAGUUUUUAUCUAUUUUGUCUUUUCUCUUUAUAAAUAUCAUUAUAUUUCCUUUGAAAGUUAUUUCUUUUUUUUAUAUUUACUUUAACACCAUCUUUAAAUCACAAUCACAAUCACAAUUACAAUUACAAUUAUUAUUUCAAUUUUACUCUUAUUCUCAAUUCUUUAUCAAAAUGACUGUCACAGAUAAUAAUGAAUCUUACUUAUUUCAAGCUGCUAUUGAAAAAAAACAGCCAAUGAUUGUGUCAGGCAGUGGAAUCGCACUAGUUGUUGAAGAUCCAGUUACUCUUGAAAAAAAAACAAUCUACGAUGGUAAUACCUCAGCUUCUGUCGGUUCAUUAGGACAUGGUGAUCCUGAUAUUAUUAAAGCUAUGAAGGAUGCAGCUGAAGAAUGUGCUUACUCAUAUCCUGUUACCCUUUGUAAUUAUAACGCAGAAAAAUUGGCAGAAUUUAUUUGUAAAAAUUCUCCUCCUGGUGCAUUUUCUAGUGCUGUCUUUCUUGGUUCAGGUUCUGAAGCCAAUGAAAAUAUGUUAAAGAUCGCUUACCAAUAUCAUUUAGAGAACAAUCAACCUGAAAGAACUAAGUUUAUUUCAAGAAACCAAAGUUAUCAUGGAUUUUCUUUAGGUUCAAUGUCAAUUGCUCAAACUAAAAGACACGAAAAAUUUAGACCAAUUAAUUUAGAUCAAAAACAAUUUGUCAAAGUAAGUGAAUGCUAUCCAUAUCAAAAAAUGAAAGAAAAUGAAACCCUUGAACAAUACAAAGACAGAUUAGUCAAGGAAGUCGAGGAUAAAUUCAUCGAAUUAGGUCCCAAUACAGUUGCAGCUUUUAUCUGUGAGACUGUUUCGGGCUCUACUUUGGGUUGUCAACCACCAGUUCCUGGUUACUUGGAAGGAAUUAGAGAUAUUUGUGAUAAAUACGGUGCCUUAUUUGUAUUAGAUGAAGUGAUGUGUGGUAUUGGUAGAAGUGGUACUUACCAUGCUUGGGAACAAUUUUUGCCAUUAGAUAAAGGCCCUGAUUUACAAACCAUUGGUAAGACUUUGGGUUCAGGUUAUGUUACCAUUGCAGGUAUUUUAAUCUCCCCCAAGGUUAAAGAGGUUUAUUUAAAGGGUUCCGGUAAAGUUAUUGGUGCUCAUACUUAUCAAUCCCAUUCAUUCAAUUGUAAAGUUGCCUUGGCAGUUCAAGAAAAGAUCAUCAAUAACAAUUUAGUUGAAAACUCUAUGAAAAUGGGUAAUUAUUUGCAUAAAUUAGUUGAACUUAAAUUGAAGGACAGUAAGAUAAUUGGUGAAGUUAGAGGUGCCGGAACAUUUCAAGCAGUGGAAUUUGUUAAAAACAAAACAACCAAAGAACCAUUUGAAAAGGAAUUGGAUUUGGGGCAUUUAAUCGCUAGUAGAUGUUUUGAAAAGGGAUUGCAAAUCAUGGGUAUGGACAAUUGUAUUGAUGGCGAUAAGGGUGAUCAUAUUUUAUUCUCUCCAGCUUAUAUUAUAACUAAAGAAGAAGUUGACAAGAUUACAGAUAUCUUUGCUGAAGUAUGUAAUGAAGUUGAAAAGGAGAUCCUCGGUUAAUAAGUUAGCCAUUUUUAUAUUUUUAUAUUUUUACAUUUAUUUAUAUUUAUUUUACAUUUUACACUAUCUUUUUCCGGUCCAUGACACCAAGACAUAUCUGGUUAGCAAAGGCUUAUCUAUGGAAAGUAGCGGAAAAAGCCGUCCUGAUUGGGAAAGUUCAGUUUUCCAUCACAUUUUUUACCAGUUAUUUACAAUUUAUAAUGAUAAUAUUAGCUGCAA